AUGUAAAAAUCAACUAUGUCAAGUCAUUUCUAAUCAAUCUCUCCUCCUUUUCUUUUGUCGAAGCGAUUGAAAACAGAUGGACCUGACUUUUUAACUCAACUGGAUUUGAAUGCCUAGCGAUCCAUCCAAAGAAGAAUGCAAAGGAGCGAAUUACAAUUGACAGAGCCGGAUUAAAAACCUUCUUUAAAAUAGAAACAGAACAUUAAAGUGCAUCCCAGAAUUAUUCGAACCAAGUAGCCAUCUCUGCCUUAUCUUAAAUUGGAUGAUAAACAGUAUUAUGAUAAAUGGUACAUCCCUUAUGAUUAGCGAUACAUUCAAAAGGUUACUAUGACUUAAGAUUCUUAUACAGAUCAAUUGCACUUCUACAAGAAUAUGCACAAAGGGACUGUUUAAUAUGAUCCAUUUGAAAGUAAAUUACCAUAAGAUGCUUAAAGAAGUAUUGAUUAUAACCAGAGAUCAGAAGUACUAAGAGAUCUAUUGCGAGGAUAGAAAAUGAUUAUUGAAUUCAAAAAAUCUUUGGAGCAAAAUUAAUAACGCAUUCCAUAAUUCUUAAAGAAGAUAUUAGAAGAUAAAAAAUUACAAUAGUCUAAAAAGUGA